UUCACGACAUUCAAUUCAAUCAUGUUUCGUUCAACGUUGUGGUUGUUAUGUUUCUGUAUCUUAGUUCAAUUAUCGAUUAGUGUCAGUAGAUUUCCCAAUGUCUAUAAAAAAAUCCGAACCCAACCCAUAAAAGAAAAUGAAGACAAUGGUGAUCCCUUGAUUUUAACUCCUUACAUUGAAGCUGGAAGAAUUCAAGAAGCAAGAAAUGCGGCAAAAGUAACACACGACGCAUUCCAGAACAUAACGCACUACACUGGAUUCUUCACAGUGAACAAAACACACAACACGAAUCUCUUCACGUGGUUUUGUCCUUCAGAGUCCGAUCCUGCUAACGAUCCUGUUGUGUUAUGGCUUCAAGGAGGUCCAGGUUCAACAUCCCUCUUCGGUCUGUUCUCAGAGAAUGGCCCUUUCCAAAUGAAGAAUGAAAGUGUGGUCAUUUUGAGGAACGAGACUUGGACUAAGAAGCAUAAUAUGAUUUGGAUAGACAAUCCUGCAGGUGCAGGAUACAGUUUUACCGAUGCAGCAGGAUAUGCCAGGGACGAAGAUCAGGUUAGUCGAGAAUUAUUUCAAGCUAUUCAACAGUUUUUCCAACUGUUUCCAGAAUUGAGGAAAAAUGAUUUCUUUAUUACUGGUGAGUCUUAUGGAGGACACUACAUACCAGCAAUAUCCCAUUAUAUAUUGAGGGUAAAUCGUAAACUUCCAGACGAUUCUAAGGUAAACCUGAAAGGUUUAGCAAUUGGGAAUGGAUGGACAGACCCAGUGAAUCAGUUGAACUAUGGAGAUUACUUGUAUCAACAUGGUAUGAUAGAUUUGAAGACGAAAAAAGUUCUCGACAAUAUCAGAGAUCAGAGUAUAGAUCUGAUUAAACAGGGAAAAUAUGAUGAAGCUAGAGAUCUACAGGACGAAAUUCUGUAUACCUUUACCAGAGAAACUGGAAUAACCAACAUGUACAACUAUUUGUUUGCUCAGGAUCAAGAUGACGAACCUCUUAUGGACAUCUUCAUUCAGACAAGUGAAAUAAGAAAGGCCAUACAUGUUGGCAACACAAAAUUCCAAAAUGGGGAAGAGGUUAAUCAAGCUUUGAAUAACGAUGUUAUGAGAUCGGUGGUACACCUGCUUCCUGAUCUGCUUGAUAAUUACAGAGUGUUGCUUUAUAGUGGACAAGUCGAUAUCAUCGUUGCAUAUCCACUCACAGUUAACUAUUUGCAAAAAUUGAAUUUUUCCUCUUCUGCAGAAUAUCAAACAGUUGAUAGAAGCGUUUGGUUUGUGGAUACAGACAUAGCGGGAUUUGUGAAGGUUGCUGGUAACUUGACGGAUCUCUUGGUGAGGGAUGCUGGACAUAUGGUGCCUCAUGAUCAACCAGUAUGGGCACUUGAUUUAAUUUACAGAUUCACGAGAAAUUUGAAAUUUGAUGACCUGCACUAGGAAUGAUGUGAUUUAUGAUGAAUAAAAAUAUUUUUUCUUGCUUU